AUGCUUCCUGAGGGGCGGGGCCCAGCCCGGUGGAACAUGGCGAAGACCUACGAUUAUCUCUUCAAGCUGCUGCUGAUCGGCGACUCGGGUGUGGGCAAGACCUGUGCGCUCUUCCGCUUCUCCGAGGAUGCGUUCAAUGCCACCUUCAUCUCCACCAUCGGUAUUGACUUUAAGAUUAGAACCAUAGAGCUAGAUGGCAAGAGAAUUAAACUGCAGAUAUGGGACACAGCUGGGCAGGAACGGUUUAGAACAAUCACAACUGCAUAUUACAGAGGAGCAAUGGGCAUCAUGUUGGUAUAUGACAUAACCAAUGAGAAAUCUUUUGAAAACAUUCGGAAUUGGGUCAGGAAUAUUGAAGAGCACGCAUCCCCAGAUGUCGAAAAGAUGAUUCUUGGAAACAAAUGUGAUGUGAAUGAUAAAAGACAAGUUUCUAGAGAGCAAGGGGAGAAGCUAGCUAUUGGUUUUGGAAUUAAAUUCAUGGAAACCAGUGCAAAAGCGAAUAUUAAUAUAGAGAACGCAUUUUUCACUCUUGCGAGAGAUAUCAAAGCAAAAAUGGACAAGAAAUUGGAAGGCAAUAGCCCACAAGGCAGCAACCAGGGAGUCAAAAUCACACCAGACCAGCAAAAGAAAAGCAGCUUUUUCCGAUGUGUUCUUCUGUGAGGGACACUGCCUUAACCUGAGCAUCUGCUCAAUCGAACUGGACUGUGCCUGUUCUGAGUGAGAUUUCCUCUGUGUGUGGAUUUAACACUUUCAAUAUGUCGUGUCACACUGUGGCCAUCAGAAUAAGAUUAAGAAAUUGUUUAUUUUAAUAACUGUCUGACUCUUCAAUUUUGGAGAUGAAAUUUUUUUAAAUAUUUUUCUGUCACACCUUCCGCUUGGCAUAUGCAUUGUUUAGGGAAGGCAUACAGAUCAAAAGUGACCUCCAAUAGCACCUUUACUGACAAGCUUCACUCUCUGGGCGGGGGUUUAUAUCUAAUGUGUCUAAAGUAGAAAAAUUAAAUGACUUUACACUGAAAUGCCAACAUUAAUAAACUAAUGAUAUGUGUACAUGAUACACGCAUAUAAAUGUCUAUAGAUACAUAGAGCACAAUCACUUCAAAACAACAAAAAUGCACUUAUUUUAAACAGUUACUUAUAGCUUUCAAAUGGUGGGUAGAAGCUUUCUGCAUAUCUAUCCUUUUGGCUAUCACAGGACAAAAUCAUUUUUGUCUGUACGUCACUAGUUCAGUUCCACCGUUCUAGACAAUCCACCAGUAAAAAAUUAAAUGAAACACAAUGCCUCAUCAGAAAGAAAGAAAAUAUCUAUUUUUUUAGAGAACCAAAGUGUGCUGUAAAUAUAAUAAAUCCUUGAUAUGAGAAGUUUUGGAGGAAAAAACUUUAUUUUCCCCAUGUUAGGGAGGACCAUCCAUAAUAUAUUUGUUGAAUAUCUAGGCAUCUUUUAAAUUGAGAUAAUUUUAUUCUAUACUCUUGUGCAAAUGAUCUGUGUUUCUAAUCUGUUAUCUAUAGUUAUAGACCAUGGUUCAAAUAUAUAGACCACCUUAUUCAAAAGUAACGAUAUAACUGAAUAACACUAUCAUGGGCCGUAUAAGUUUUUUUAAUUUCAUAGUUGAGAAUGACUUCAAACAAACCUUUCAUGACUUAGUGGUUAUGUCUAACUUGUGAAAACAAAAAUGUAUUGCAUUGCUCCCGCAAGAAAAUGCACACUCCAUAUAUUGACACUUUCUGAAAACUGGCUUUUUGGCUGAGAUUUCUCUUGCUCCCAUGCCAUGAUUGCUUAAGAUUUAAAGUGGCAGUGAACUGUUUUAACUAUGUAUGGCAAUGCAAACGAUGAGGUACAGGAAAAUUGUGGUGACCCUUAAAGAAAAUAUACUUCUGUGUAUGUACACUUUAUACACAUAGACACAACACAUUCCAAUAUAUAAAACUUAACAGCCAAGCAAUUUUAAGCUCUUUUUAUGCAGCUUUCAGGUUAAUGGUUGUAAAACUGAUUUUAGUUAACUAGAUUUGAAAAGAAGCCAACAAGUGUAAGCUAUUUAGAAGCUGCUCUUUCUGUCCGGUAACUGGCAUAAUGGUAAAAGAGCACAUUUGGAGAGAAUGAACGUAUCAGCAAUGUCCUGCAACUCACUGGAAUUGUUAACAUGUUUUGUUUACAUUGACAACUGCACUUAAGGGAAAAAUAAAUUAAAGCUCAUUUUAAAAUUGAGUUUUUACUCCCUACCUCUGUUUCCUUGAAGUUUGCGUGAAUAUGUUCCAACCUCUUUUCUUGCAGUAUCUUUCACUAGUGUCACUAGAGUUAAAGGUCAAAUACUAAAAUAUUUUAUAAUAAUGUAACUAAUUCUCCUGCAGGCAAAUAUGAGCUCAGCCUUUUGGCUCAAACUGAAUACCAAACGGAAACUAAAGCUUUACUCUCUUGCACACUUACCAUGUAACUUUUUUAAAUGGCUUUUUUUCUAUGCUGUCAGCUACCCUUUAUCCAGUGUUGAAAUGUUAAACUGAGCUAAUUUUGUUCAUUAAGCCAUCUGCAUGUAACAUGCAUAUUCCAACAAGAAUCAAGUAAGGAUUGUAUAGUAUGAGGAGUUGGUAAGCGUGCUGAAUGAUAGACUUCUCUAGAGUAAAAUAAUUCAGUUAAUCAUGACUACAUACUCAAACUAAAAAGAUCCUUUGUAUGUUUGCGUACAGCUAAUACAGAGGUAUAGGAUGGACAUGCAAUGCUACGAUGGUAGGAUAAAGAAGCAUUUUAAAAACAUUCUAGGUAGUCAUGAGCAGUUGGGGGUGGUUUAAGGGCGAGAUGGUGGAACAGUGUUGACAAACGAGAGUCUCUAACAUACAUUUAAAUAUGUUAAAAUGUUUAGUUUCUGUUUCAAAGCAGUGAAUGAGGAAUGUUCAGCCUCCAUCCUUAUACCCUGUGGUAGCUGGGUGUUGCAGUCCAUGUUAUCCUUUGAUUCGUGACUGUAAAAUAAUGGGCAGUCUGAUACGCUAUGCGGCCUACAGUUACAUGGCAUCCCAUGCUACAGAGUUAUCAGGCUUGAUUUGGGAGGGAGGAGGGGAGUAUUCACUUCCAAACAGAGGUUGAAGGAUGGAGUUGUGAUCUUCACUUUUCAUUUUUCUAGAUCUUAAUGGCUUGUACAUUAGUCCUUUUUAAUGUAAGUUAACAUUUUUGUAUGUGAAUGUCCCAUGUAUAUGCAGGUGGUUGUACCUGUUUAUAUACCUACCUUACAGCAUCAUGAUUUUUCUUUACAAUGAUUCUAUUUUACUUAAUU